AUGGUUGCUUUCACUAUUGAACAAAUCCGUGAAUUGAUGGACAAGGUUACCAAUGUCCGUAACAUGUCCGUCAUUGCUCACGUCGAUCACGGUAAAUCCACUUUAACUGAUUCGUUGGUUCAAAGAGCUGGUAUUAUUUCUGCUGCUAAGGCUGGUGAAGCUAGAUUCACUGAUACCAGAAAAGAUGAACAAGAAAGAGGUAUUACUAUUAAGUCUACCGCUAUUUCCUUGUACGCUUCUAUGACUGACGAUGACUGUAAGGAAAUCCAACAAAAGACCGUAGGUAACUCUUUCUUGAUUAACUUGAUCGAUUCGCCAGGUCACGUUGAUUUCUCCUCUGAAGUCACUGCUGCUUUGCGUGUUACCGAUGGUGCUUUAGUUGUCGUUGAUUGUGUUGAAGGUGUUUGUGUCCAAACCGAAACCGUUUUACGUCAAGCUUUAGGUGAAAGAAUUAAGCCAGUUGUUAUUAUUAACAAGGUUGAUCGUGCUUUAUUAGAAUUGCAAGUCACCAAGGAAGAUUUAUACCAAUCUUUCUCCAGAACUAUUGAAUCCGUUAACGUUAUUAUCUCUACUUACGUUGAUUCCAGUUUAGGUGAUUCUCAAGUCUACCCAGACAAGGGUACCGUUGCUUUCGGUUCCGGUUUACACGGUUGGGCUUUCACCGUCAGACAAUUCGCCACCAGAUACUCCAAGAAGUUCGGUGUUGACAGAAUUAAGAUGAUGGAAAGAUUAUGGGGUGACUCUUACUUCAACCCAAAGACCAAGAAAUGGACUAACAAGGACAAGGAUGCUGAAGGUAAGACUUUAGAAAGAGCUUUCAAUAUGUUCGUCUUAGACCCAAUCUUCAGAUUAUUCUCUUCUAUCAUGAACUUCAAGAAGUCUGAAAUCCCAACCUUAUUAGAAAAGUUGGAAAUCAACUUGAAGGCUGAAGAAAAGGAAUUAGAAGGUAAGGCUUUAUUAAAGGUUGUUAUGAGAAAGUUCUUACCAGCUGCUGAUGCUUUAUUAGAAAUGAUUGUCAUUCACUUACCAUCCCCAGUUACCGCUCAAGCUUACAGAGCCGAAACCUUAUACGAAGGUCCAGCUGACGAUGCUUCCUGUAUCGCCAUCAAGAACUGUGACCCUACCGCUGAUUUAAUGGUCUACAUCUCCAAGAUGGUUCCAACCUCUGAUAAGGGUAGAUUCUACGCUUUCGGUCGUGUUUUCGCCGGUACCGUUAAGUCUGGUCAAAAGGUCAGAAUUCAAGGUCCAAACUACCAAGUCGGUAAGAAGGAUGACUUAUUCGUCAAGGCUAUUCAAAGAACUGUUUUGAUGAUGGGUAGAUUCGUCGAAGCUAUCGAUGACUGUCCAGCUGGUAACAUUGUUGGUUUAGUUGGUGUCGAUCAAUUCUUAUUAAAGUCUGGUACCAUCACCACCAACGAGGCUUCCCACAAUAUGAAGGUCAUGAAGUUCUCUGUCUCUCCAGUUGUUCAAGUCGCUGUUGAAGUCAAGAACGCCAACGAUUUACCAAAAUUAGUCGAAGGUUUAAAGAGAUUAUCCAAGUCCGAUCCAUGUGUCUUGACCUCUAUGUCUGAAUCUGGUGAACACAUUGUUGCUGCUACUGGUGAAUUACACUUGGAAAUUUGUUUAUCUGAUUUACAAAACGAUCACGCUGGUAUUCCAUUAAAGAUCUCCCCACCAAUUGUUUCUUACAGAGAAACCGUUAACGCUGAAUCUUCCAUGGUCGCUUUAUCUAAGUCUCCAAACAAGCAUAACAGAAUUUACGUUAAGGCUCAACCAAUUGAUGAAGAAGUCUCCUUAGACAUUGAAAAGGGUGUUAUUAACCCAAGAGAUGAUUUCAAGGCCAGAGCUAGAAUCUUAGCCGACAAUCACGGUUGGGAUGUCACUGACGCCAGAAAGAUCUGGUGUUUCGGUCCAGAUGGUAACGGUCCAAACUUGGUUGUCGAUCAAACCAAGGCCGUCCAAUACUUGAACGAAAUCAAGGAUUCCGUCGUCGCUGCUUUCCAAUGGGCUACCAAGGAAGGUCCAAUCUUCGGUGAAAACGUUAGAUCCGUUAGAGUUAACAUCUUGGAUGUUACCUUACACGCUGAUGCUAUUCACAGAGGUGGUGGUCAAAUUAUCCCAACCAUGAGAAGAGUUACUUACGCUUCCAUGUUAUUAGCUGAACCAGCUAUUCAAGAACCAGUCUUCUUGGUUGAAAUUCAAUGUCCAGAAAACGCCAUUGGUGGUAUCUACUCCGUUUUGAACAAGAAGAGAGGUCAAGUUAUCUCUGAAGAACAAAGACCAGGUACUCCAUUGUUCACUGUUAAGGCCUACUUACCAGUCAAUGAAUCGUUCGGUUUCAGUGGUGAAUUAAGACAAUCUACUGGUGGUCAAGCUUUCCCACAAUUGAUCUUCGAUCACUGGGCCAACUUAAACGGUGACCCAACUGACCCAACCUCCAAGGUCGGUACCAUCGUCAAGGAAAAGAGAGAACGUCAAGGUAUGAAGCCUGAUGUUCCAGGUUACGAAGAAUACUAUGAUAAAUUAUAA